AUGCUCUUCCAAAACAUCGCUAGCCUUGCACUGCUGCAGUACGCAAAGCAUGCAGCAACGGCAACAAACUAUACGCCGCAAGCGCUGAACCCGCAACUGACCAACACGAUUGGUGAUAAGGGAGGCCCAACCCUCUAUUACAAUGGCUCCGGCCCAGUCCCGCCGUACAACGAGACCUCGCCAAUACCAGCACCAUUUACUCCACUCUAUCCGACUAACCAGACGGAGAACUCCUUCUACAAUCAAAUUGCAGCCAUUGUAGCCAACGGUAGUAAUUACACCACCAAGUGUGAAAAGUGCCUUGCUUCCACCAAUGUCUUCCACGAAGCCGCAAUUUCACAACCAGUGUCUGUUAUCACCGAUUUGCUGAUCCGAGUUUGGAAUCUGACGGAUUUCGCAAUCUAUGCGGUGAAUGGCGAAUCCGAGUUUUCUGGUGUUGGCGGUCUCGGGCCAUACUGGGCGCAGUUAUUUGCCAAAAUGAACGAGUCUACAGGCGACUACCAAGCUUGGUGUUACUAUCAAUGGGAUACGUGCACAGUCCCACCAACCAUCGAGAUAGAUGAAAGUCUUUAUUUCAGCCCCAAGCCACCGGCGGCUUCCGUCGUUCCUAAGCCGUCUGGAAAGACCAUCAAUGUUUUGCAUCUUUCGGAUUGGCAUUUGGACCCUCGCUAUGACAUUGGGUCGGAAGCAAAUUGUUCCCAGUAUUUGUGCUGCAGACCUUAUUCGACCAACACUAAGCUGGAUACUGGGGUCAGCAAUGCCUCGGUGCCAGCCUCGAGAUUUGGUUACUUGUAUUGCGACUCACCGCCAGACCUGGCGUUGUCUUCUUUCAAAUCUAUGCCUUCCUUCUUCAACGUCGACGAUAUCAGCUUCACCAUAUUCACAGGUGACAUCGUGAGCCACGACAACGACGACCAACUGAGCAGAGCAUACGUUGAGUACGAGGAAACUGUGACCUACGAGGUCUUCAAAGCUGAAAUGGGUAACAUUCCCAUCUAUCCAACUUUGGGCAACCACGACUCUUUGCCAGAGGCCUAUAACACCCCAAACAACAUCGAUGGCAAGAAGACAGCUGGCGCAAAUAACAUUUUCAGCUGGAACUACGACCUUCUAAGCUCCAUGUGGGAGCGAGACGGCUGGAUCACUGCAGCAGAAGCGGAUCACGCGUCCACGCACUACGGAGCCUACGCCCACACCACUGCUCAAGGUCUCCGAAUCAUCUCCAUCAACACCGAUUUCUGGUACGUUGACAAUGUCUUCAACUUCUUCAAUUUCACAAAUCCAGAUCAGUCCGGCAUCUUGAAAUUCCUGAUCAAGGAACUUGAGGCUUGUGAAGCAAAAGGCCAACGUGCAUGGAUCAUUGGCCACGUCUUAUCAGGAUAUGACGGGUCCAACGGCCUACCCAACCCGACUGCGCUAUUCUAUUCGAUAGUCGCUCGUUUCGCGCCUGCGACGAUUGCCGCCAUCUUCUUUGGUCAUACUCAUGAGGAUCAACUACAGAUAUUUUAUGACUAUAGUGCCACUAGUCUCAACGGAACUCUCCGUAACACGAACGACAUUGACAUCUCCAAGCCACUAACAAUGGGUUUCAUCGGCCCCUCCAUCACCCCCUUGACUGGCAACAAUGCCGGCUACCAGCGAUACCAGGUCGACGCGGAAACCUUCGAGAUCAUGGGCAUCCAAACAUACUUCGCCAACGUCUCCGAAUCUCUCACCUGGACUAGCCCAGUCUGGCAAUUCGAAUACGAUUCUCGCUCUACAUAUAAUGUCAACGGCACAUGGCCUGCUACGUCUCCUCUCAACGCCACUUUCUGGACCGAUGUCACAUACUCUAUGCUAACCAACCAAUCUCUUGUUGAGAGGUACAACCUUUUGGAGACCAAGAGUAGUGUCGUCACCAAAAAUUGCUCAACCGCAGCCUGCGCAAAGCAAAAGGUCUGCUACAUCCGGAGCGGAAGUGGUGGACAGGGUUAUGCUUGCCCGUAUGGUGAUGGGCCAUUCUAG